AAGGAGGCAAAGUACUUUCCAGAUUCGUGAGUACUGAUGUCUUAGUGAGUGACGUUUGCAUCGUAUUUGAUCUUCUCCCUUAUAAAUCGAGAAGAGCUCAGAAGCAGAUGGCAUGGCGUUGACCUCCUUGUGGAGGAGGAACUUCUGCCAGCUAGCUGAUGUCCGGGUGUGUGGAGCGCUGGCUGCUCGGAGAAGUGGCCCUGCAAAUCGCGGCCGCAGGGUGGCCAAGGGGCGUCUGCGUGCUUGGUUCUGUUCACUGCAGCCCGGAUCUUGCAGGGUGGUGUCCUAUGCUGCCUGUGGGAAAAAGUUCCAUUCAGGAAGUGGGAAUGACCUUCACCCCCUCAGUGAACAAGGACUUUCUCAAGCAUGCAACUGGGACAGGCUUGACCAAAACCUUAACAAGGAAGACGAGCGGAUGUUUUACAGGACGCUGAACAGCCUGUCUUCGUGGGAAGAGGUGUUAAGUUUCAUCAGCACGCUGGACAUUUUGCCCGAUACUAUGGCAGCAGGAGCUUUACAGCGCAUUUGUGAAGUGGCAAAAGGAGACAGAGACCAAGGACUGCCAAAGGGAAUACUGGAGAAUGGCCUCUUUCAAGCUUUGUGCUUUCGGUUUGAAGAGCAACCCACACGUCUGUCGAGCACCGGCUUGGUGACUGCUUUGCAAGCCCUGAUUCUGAUGCCUGUGGACCACCAGAGUGGCCUGAUCCUGAAUCUGGUAGCAGAAUGCCAGAAUCGUCUCCAGGCUGGUGUCCUCGAAGCCUCCGAUCUUUGUAUUCUUGGGGAAACUCUGAUUAGACUGCAAGGGCCAGGUUGUGUGGCGCUCGAACUGAUUCUACAUCAAUUGCAGGGCAAGAAACUGGAAACGUUUACCCCCGAAAAUAUUGUGGCCACUUACAGACUACUGCAGACCUGUGCUGAGAAAGUAGACCAACACCAGACAUUUUUAAAUAGGAUAAACAACUUCUGUCUUUCAGUUGUUUCCUACCUGAGUCCCAAGUCAGUUAGCCAAGUGCUGGCUGCCCUCGUGGCUCUUGAUCAAACUCAAGUGCUCCCUCUGAUUAUAAAAUUGGGUAAAUGUGUCGUGAGGCACAUUCCUCGUUUCACCAGUGAAGAACUCGGGAAAGUCUUGGAGGCUUUCAAAUAUUUUGGACACAGUGAUCGGUUUUUUACAAGCGCCCUAGAGCAGCAUGUAGCUGCACACUGCCUCAGCCUGGAUCCUGAAGUGGUCAGUAAAGUCACAGAGUACUGCAGUAGGAGACUGAUUCUUUCAAAACCCAUUCUUAAUGCAGUGGCAGAAACUUUUGUUUGCCAAUCAGAAAAGUUUUCACCUCCUCAGAUUGCUGAAUUAGUUGAACCAUUCGGCAAACUCAAUUAUUUGCCACCAAACGCCCAUGCUUUCUUUAGGAAGCUAGAGAAUGUGCUGUUCAGUGAUUUCCAUCGUUUUCCACCCAAAAUGCUCCUACGAGUUCUCCAUUCCUGUUCACUUGUCGAAUGCCAUCCAGUCAACUUUAUGGCAAAAAUAUUCAGCCCUUUCUUUCUUCAGCAGCUGCAAGAUGUUGAAAUUAAAUUAGAUGAAGCAGGAUUUGUGUUACCAUUUACCGUUAAGGAAGAUGUCCAUAAAAGGAUAGCGCUGUGCCUUGAUGGGCCAAGUAGAUUUUGCUCUAAUAGCCGUCACUUGCUAGGAAAAGAAGCUGUGAAGCAGAGACACCUGCGGUUACUGGGCUAUCGCGUCGUUCAGAACAUCUUUGACUCCUGUCAUCCUUCCUGUCCUUGCCUGGGAUGAAGCCUCUCUCCAAGGCCCCCUGGCUCCUGCAGCUGCACUCUUAGUCACCUUCUCUGUUGCUGAGACAGAAAUCCCAACACCUACAGUUAAAGAAG